GUUAGCAGCGCCCCGCAGGCUCCAAUCACUCGUCGUCAGCCAUGUUGUUGGUGUGACACACCGAGCUGUCAGCAACAGGUUCUCUGAGCAGAAACGUUGGCAAACUUAACAUAUCUCCUGAAAACAGCAACUCUCCGCGGAUACUAAACUUUGAGAGCGUGUGUGGGAAACCGUCCAGAAGUGGUGGCUCGUCAUUUGCGGCCUCUCGAAAGCUCAGAAGUUGAUGUUUUUGAACCGUAGCGGUGAGAGAGAUGGCUGUGAACAGUAGCUGAGGACGUCACUGGGAGUUCUCCACCUGCGAAAAUGAAUGGUGGUCCAAGUGUGUGGGCAAUCUCCCCAGAGGAGAGGGACAAACAUGAUCAGAUGUUUGACUCCCUCUCCCCAACGAUGGGCUACGUCACAGGAGACCAGGCAAAGAAGCUUUUCCUUCAGUCAGGGCUGCCUCCAUCAGUGUUGGCUGAUAUAUGGACUCUGGCCGAUAUGAAUAAAGAUGGAAAGAUGGACCGGCUGGAGUUUUCUGUCGCUAUGAAGCUUAUAAAGCUAAAACUUACGGGUACACCACUUCCGUCAUCACUUCCAAUCAUCAUGAAGCAGCCUCCAGUGCGUGCUCCCACCAUGAAUAACCCCACCACCCCUGCCUAUGGAAUUGGUUCUAUGAUGCCUGGAACAAACCUUGGCAUGUUGGCUCCUAUGGCCGUGUCACCUAUGACACCAAUGACAGGCCUCACCCCGAUGGUUCCUUCAUCAUCAGGAAUGAACCCACUAAUGAUGUCCACUGCCCCCAGGCCCCUGGUGGUUCCAGCUAUGGGAAAUACCACAGUACCAAAUGGCACCAUGGGACUCCUCCAGCCAAUUUCUUCUGGAGGUUUGAAUACUGGCCUACCUCUAUCUGCGACCUCUUACGCCUCUCCGCUUGGACGCGCCUCUUCUCCUGCUGGUAUAAACACGGCCUCAACACUGCUAGACCUGGGAUCUGGCAGCUCUGGUUCUUCAACCCCAUCUGUGAUGUCCCCCAUGAAUGCUGUUCCCAGUGACUGGGCUGUGCCACAUGCUUCCAGACUUAAAUACAGACAGCAGUUCAACAUCUUGGAUAAACAGAUGAUUGGAUACCUCAGUGGUCUGCAGGUGAAGGGUGUGAUGGAAAGUACGAUGCUGUCAAAAAUACAACUGGCCUCCAUCUGGAAUUUAGCAGAUGUGGAUAAAGAUGGCAAGCUACAAGCGGAGGAGUUUAUUCUGGCAAUGCACCUCGUGGAUUUGGCAAAGAGCGGUCAACCACUGCCAUUAACCCUGCCAACUGAGCUGGUACCACCCUCACAGAGGAGUGCCACGAAUGGCCUCAGCUCUUCCCUGAUUGAUGACUUGGAAAUUGAACCUCCACAGAAACCAAAAACGAACAUAUCAUUUGAAGAUAAAUUCAAAGCUAACCUAGAACGAGGGAAUGCGGAGUUGGAGAAAAGACGACUGGCCUUACUGGAGGCUGAAAGGAGGGAGCAGGAGCGGCGCGCUCAGAAAGAGAGAGAAGAGCGAGAGAAGAGAGAGAAGGAGGCUCGGGAGGCUGAGGAGAGAAGGAGGAAAGAGGAGGAGAGGAGGCUCGAGCUCCAGAGAGAGCUGGAGAGACAGAAGGAGGAAGAACGGCAGAGGGAGAUAGAGAGAAAAGAGGCUGCACAGCGGGAGCUCGAGCGUCAGAGAAAAGAGGAGUGGGAGAGGAGGAGGAAAGGAGAGCUCCAGUUAAAGAAGGAACAGGAGCAGGAUGAAAUCACCAAACUGAAAGCUAAGAAGAGGAGCCUGGAGUUGGAGUUGGAGGCAGUGGGUGACAAGCACCGCCAGAUCUCUGACCGCCUGCGUGACUUUCAGAACAAGAAAAAGCUUCAGAAGACUGAGCUUGAUCUUAACAAUCAAAGGAAGGAGGCACGCCAGCAGGAUAUUAACAAUCUGCAGAAACAAAUUGAGGAGUUCCAGAGAAAGUUGUCCCACUUGACUCCAGAGCAGAAAAGACUGACUGAGAAGCUGAAAAAUAUGUCUCUUAAUAACCUGCCUGCAUCGACAAUGUCCACCCUAAAAAUGAGUAUGACGGAGAAAAAAGGGACGUGUAUGAAACUGCGAGAACAGCUGGAAGUUCUGGAGAAAGAGACGGCUGCCAAACUAGCAGAGAUGGACCAGUAUAACAAAGACAUGCAGUAUGUGGGUGCUGAGGAGUCAGUACUCCAGGCUCUCCUCUCUCUGCUGGCCUGCCUCCGUAACCUCUUCUACCUACUAAAGGAACUAAGAGAGAGCCAAAAAAAUCAGCAGGCUGCACUGGAGAAACUGCGCAGCAUAAAAGAAGACAAACGGCGUGAGCUCAUGCGAAAGAAGGAGCAGGAAGAGGAGAGGAGGAGGAAGGAAGAAGAGAGGAAACGACAAGAGGAGGAAAUGAGGCGCAGGGAGGAAGAGGAAGAAGCUCAGAGGCGUAUUAGGAUGGAAAGGGAGCGUCAGAGAAAGCUUCAGGAAGAGAGGGAGGCCAAACAGAGGGAAGAGGAGGAGAGACAGAGACAGGCUCUCAUCCAGGCUGCCAAGGAGCAGGCAGAACGAGAGCUCAGAGCAAGGGAGGAGGCAGAGCGGAGAAAACGAGAGGAAGAGGAGAGAUGGAAAAGAGAAGAAGAAGAGCGCCAGCGCCAAGCAGAGAGGCGGAGGCAGGAGGAGGAGAGGCGAAAGCUGGAAGAGGAGAAGAGGAAGCUAGAAGAAGAGAGGAGAAAACUGGAGGAGGAGAGGAGGCAAGAGGAGAAGAGAAGGAGAGAAGAGGAGGAGCGACGCAGAAGGGAGGAGGAGGAGAGAAAGAGGUUAGAGGAGGAGCGGAAAAGGUUAGAAGAGGUGCGGAGGGAAGAGGAGCGCCGAAGGGAGAGAGAGGAGGAGGAGAGGAGAAGACAGAGGGCUGCUGAAGCAGCUUUCCGAGACGCAGAGGAAAGGCGAAAGCAGGAGGAGGAGGAGAAGAGGAAGCGGGAAGAAGAGAGGAGAAGGCUUCAUCAGCAGCAAGAGGAGGAGAGGAAGAGGCGUGAGGAGGAGAGAAAAAGGGCAGAAGAGGAGAGGAAGAGAAAGGAGGAGGAGGAACAGAGGAGGAAAGCUGAAGAGGAGAGAAAGCGGAAGGAGGAGGCGUCUCGUCAGCAGAAGCAGCAGCAGCAACCACCAAAAACAGGAGGGAAGAUUGAUAUUCAAGCUCUGCUGAGAGGGCUGGAGGAGCGGAAAGGUGGGCAGCCGAGGGCCAAGCAGCACAGGAAGUCAGCAUCGCUCACAUCCUUCAAAGCACUCUACCCAUUUACUGCACGAAACAACGAAGAGCUCAGCCUGGAAGCAGAUGACGUCAUCGAGGUUGAUGAGACGACAGAGCGAGAGGAGGGCUGGUUGUAUGGCAGCAAACAGGGGAUGAUGGGCUGGUUCCCAGAGAGCUAUGUCGAGAGAGUGGGCCCAUCGAAUACAGCUAAUAGUACUGCCCCUGCUCCUCCUGCUAAACUACCGCUGCAGUCACAGCUUAGUAAUGCUCUUAAGGCUGCCAAAGUGUCCGGGACAAAAUCCGCCUUCACACCAACACAUUCUCCAAACCCUGCAACUUCUGAGAGUCAGGGACAGCGGGUGGUGGGUACCCUGUUAGCCCAGGCACUCUGUUCCUGGACAGCAAAGACAGAUAGUCAUCUGAACUUUAAUAAGGACGAUGUGAUUCAGGUAUUGGAGCAGCAGGAGAACUGGUGGCUGGGACAACUGAACGACGAACAGGGCUGGUUCCCUAAGACAUAUGUGAAACCUAUUGGAGAAGAUGAGGGCUCAAAUGUGAAGAGCUCCUCUGCUGAUGUUCCUGAUGGUGAUGGCCUGCAGCUUGAAGAAUUUGUGGCCUUGUACACCUACGAGUCUCCACAGUCCGGUGAUCUGACAUUCAAAGAGGGAGACGUGAUCCUGGUGAGCAAGAGAGAUGGAGAGUGGUGGAACGGCUCGAUAGGAAACCGCACGGGCGUCUUCCCCAGCAACUACGUCAAACCUAAAGAGACGGAUACAUCGAGCACAUCUGGAAAGAAAAAGCCAGAGGUUGCUCAGGUUACUAGACCUCACACUUCUACUGGUCCUGAGCAGCUGAAUCUGGAAAAUAGUCAGCUCAUCCUCAUCCUCAGCAAGGAUGUCUCAGGCUGGUGGCUUGGUGAACUGCAGGCUCGUGGGAAAAAGCGUCAGAAGGGCUGGUUCCCUGCUACUCAUGUUAAAGUACUGGAGUCCAGCAGUGGCAAGUCCACACCAGCACCUCAACCAGUCUGCCAGGUGAUCGCCAUAUAUGAUUACACAGCCGCCAAUGCGGAAGAGAUGAGCUUCUCUAAAGGGCAACUGAUCAACGUUUUAGACAAGAGCGACCCUGACUGGUGGAAAGGAGAAUCCAACGGGGUUACUGGAUUGUUCCCCACCAAUUAUGUUCAGAUGACCACGGCGGAUGUUGACCCCAGUCAGCAGUGGUGUGCAGACCUGAACAGCCUGGAUUCACUGAGCCCUCAAGAGAAGAAGAGGCAAGGUUACAUCCAUGAGCUGAUAGAAACUGAGGAAAAAUAUGUGGAAGACUUGCAGAUAGUGCUGGAGGUUUUCUACAAGCCCAUGUCUGCGUCGGGCCGGCUGAAUGAGUCAGAGAUGAACAUGAUUUUUGUCAACUGGAAGGAACUGCUGGCCUGCAACUCUAAAUUUGUCAAGGCGCUCCGCGUUCGUAAGAAGACGGGUGGAGAGAACAAUCCAGUGGGGAUUAUUGGAGAUAUCCUGGCUGCCGAGCUGUCCCACAUGCAGCCCUACAUCCGUUUCUGCUCAUGCCAGUUCAACGGCGCCACACUGCUGCAGACUCGCACUGACAGUGAUUCGGACUUUAAGGACUUCAUGAGGAAAAUCGCCACAGACUACAGGUGUAAAGGAAUGCCACUGUCCAGCUUCCUGCUGAAACCGAUGCAGAGGAUCACUCGCUACCCACUGCACAUCAAAAACAUCCUGGAGUGCACUGCAGAGGGCCAUGCUGACCGAGGUCCUCUGAAAGAAGCGCUGGAGAGGGCGGAGGAACUCUGUCAACAGGUGAACGAGGGUGUGAGAGAGAAGGAGAACUCCGACAGACUGGAGUGGAUUCAGAGCCACGUUAAUUGUGACGGUCCUGUCGAGCAUUUGGUCUUUAACUCCCUUACCAACUGUUUGGGCCCCAGAAAACUGCUCCACAGCGGCAAGUUGUACAAGGCAAAGAGCAGCAAGGAACUCUGGGCUUUCCUCUUCAACGACUUCCUGCUUUUAACGUACGCGGCUAAACAGUUUACCUCAUCUGGACUUGAUAAACUGUUCAGCAACAAGAAUAACGUACAGCUAAAGAUCUACAAACCGCCCGUCCUCCUGAACGAAGCUCUGGUCAAGCUUCCAGAUCCUUCCAGCGAUGAGCCCAUCUUCCACAUCUCACAUAUUGACAAAGUCUACAUGCUCAGAACAGACAACAUCAAUGAACGGACGGCGUGGGUUCAGAAGAUUAAGGUGGCGUCUGAGGAAUUUCUUGAGACUGAAAAGAAAAAAAGGGAAAAGGUUUAUCAAGCACGCUCUAUGAAAGGCAGUGGAAUCGGCAGACUGCUCGUCACCAUCCUAGAAGCCACUGAACUCAGGGCAGCAAAACCCAACGGUAAAAGUAACCCCUACUGUGAAGUGACCAUGGGAGCUCAGAUCUUCACAUCCAGAGCAAUCAACGACACCCUGAACCCCAAAUGGAACUUCAACUGUCAGUUUAACAUCAAAGACAUCUACCAGGACGUCCUCUGCAUCACCAUCAAUGAAAGAAACCAGUUUUCACCAGACGAGUUCCUGGGCCGGACCGAGGUUCCAGUGGCGACCAUAAAGAAAGAGUUGGAGAACAAGGGAGCGGCGACACGUCGUCUUCUGCUGCACGAGGUCCCAACAGGGGAAGUGUGGGUCCGGCUCGACCUACAGCCCUAUGGACACAAGUAGCCGCAAAGGACGAACUGAAACAAGAAACUACAUCCUCUGUAGAGACUUCCAAACAAGAACAGUUAACCAAAUUUUAAAAGGCUGCUUGUUUUCACAUUAACAAACUAAGAUGGUUUCUCCUCUAUGCUGUAAGGAGAGACGGUCUCAUUCAUCAAGCCUUAAUUAAUUUAAUAUUAACCAGCAGUAAUAAUACCUCUUCUGAUGUCAUCCAUAUCCUGCAGUAGAGAUGGCCUUUCAACAAUUCAAGCCACAAAAUAGGAGUUGGAGUUCAUCUUUUGUUCCUUGGGAUGACUUUAGAUGGAAAGGCAAACUUGUUCACCUGCAGGAGACUUGGUGUGUCCCACAGCUGAAUGUGGGUCCUAUGUAAAAUUUACAACCUUCAGAUGGAGUUAGGACCAGACAAAAGCUGCUGAGAAGCAGAUAAUUAAAAGCAAUAAAACUAUAUGUGCUCUCCUUUAGACUCUCAGAGCUCUGUAUCUCAGUCGGUUUUUAUUAAGUAUUCACUUUGCCAAGUCUGCUCAGCCAAGGCCGUUAAACGAGCUGACACUGAACUAACUAGUGUUUUAUCUUAACUGUCAAGAGAUACAAGUUGACUCUUUAUAUUAUUUUCUUCUUUUUUUUUCUGAGGAGAUCAUGACUGACUGCUUUUUAGAGACUUUGCCGGCCUGCUUUGUGGCUGUCGCCAAUCAUAAACUGUCUGGGCUCACUUCUCACAGUGACAUCACAAACAGUAGAUGGCAAAUGAUGGACAGCGACAACUUGGAGAAUAAGUCUGUAGAGCUGGUCUGAAGUCAGUUUACUACUGUAGAUCUCAGGAUACGUUGUUCUGGGUUGAGUCUGUGUCACUGUAGCAACACUGAACACUUGUUUUGUUGAGUUUUUGUGUGUAAGUUGGGAUUCGUGAGUACAUAUCUUUGGAGAAUAGAUGUGUAACAAUAGAGAAGCGAACAGAUCCUGCAACUUUGGGAGAAUACAACUUCUUGCCUUAAUAAAAGUCAUUUUUGACCUUUCUUUUUUAAAUAUAUGACUAAAAUAAUUUACUCUUCAUUGGGAUGAUGCUGGGCUUGACUAUAGACUAUUUGUGCUUUUUUUUUUUUUUUUUUCAACGUGUGAAAUCAGCCACGGCCGAGUAAUUUCAAGUGAGUUUAAGAUGAUUAAGUUGAGAGUUUUGUGUUUUUAUGCAGACAAUUUUGAUGGCGUUAACUUUUUGAGGUAACUCAGAUCGAGAGCAAUAACAAACAGUAUUUUCCCACUUGUAUUUUUUAUGCUUUUUCAAACUGCCCGACACAUUUUAAGGCUCACCCCUCUCGUCCCUGCCUGCUUACAGCAAUAUUGUGACCUCAAAAAGUUAAAGUUGGCGCUUACAAACGUCAGCCAUGAAGACGCUACAAAGAUAAAGGGUGUAAAAGCUGCGUAUUUGUGUUGUUGUUUUUACUCUUACUCAAUGUGCUCAGAUUAUUUUCUAACUCUCCAUUUAAACGAAAUGUGUUGUAUUUAUUUCUUAAUUUAUGCGUGUGACUAUCCAAAGUUUAGAGCGCCUUUCUGUUUCAUCACGGAGAAACGGUCGGUAAUCGCUGAGUUUGUUUUGUGGGAAAGCCGGCUCAGUAUCUUAAGACUUUCCACACAUGAACUUCUGAGUUAUUUAAGAGAGUCCAGUCAGAAUAUUUUCCACAGUCUUCCUUUCUCGCAUGUAGCACACGGCAGGAAAUGGUCUGCUUCAGAUUCAUUCGCACUACUGGAAAUGUGGAAAUGUUCCUUUUGGGUCAGAGGUGCAAACUUCAGUCGGCACAGUCCAGCAUCACAUAGACUUUUUACUUGGGAGCACACAGAAAAGUAAAGACGAGUUAACGUCUGAUCCGACUGCAUCAGAUAUUUGUGUUGUUCAUUCACCUCUGCCGGGUAAUGUCUGGAAGUCCAGGGCUGAAGUGCAUGUGUGGAAAUGGAUUCAUAUACAUUUUUUUCCCCUGAUUGAGUUUUACUGUAAUGAGACGAAGUUGUUCAUUGUUUUCUUAGGUCUGAUAUUUUGUGCUCUUGUUCUCCACUGAUUUACCCUUUUUUUUUCUUUCUUUUUUUUUAAUCAACGAGGUUGUUUUUAAGUCUUGUUGUUAACGCCUGUUCUUUUUUUAAUUUGUGGAAGGUGUGAGACUUCCUCGUCUGUGUAGGGCUGUAAAAGCUUGUUUUCCUCUUUCAUUUUCAGCCUCCUGCACUGACUGCUGAGUUUAUGACCUCUCUAACCCUGACUUGCCUGUUCACAGCUGACUGGCUUGGAUUCUGUAACCUGCUGUUUGUACUCACCUUGGCCUCUAUAUGGCACUCGCUGUAUCAGGGUUUCUUAAAGCAAAUUAAAGAUAUUAAAAGUGAA